CGGAGUAAGGGGCGGAGCCGUGUGCCGGGUUCUCUCACUCGCCCCUCCGCUGACUGUCGCCGCCGCCGUCGCCGCUGACCGGAUCUCCCGCCUCUCAGGUCGCUCAUGUCCUGGGUCAGUACAGAAGAAGAAGACGCCGCGGAGUAGCCUGGAGGGCGGGUCACGUGAUGGGGCGCAGGUGACAGCCGCUGAGAAUGCCCCUGACUGAUAGACUGCGUGAGAAGAUAUCGCAGGCCUUCCACAACCAUGGGCUUCUGUGUGCGUCCUACCCCAUCCCUAUCAUUGUCUUCACAGCCCUCUGCAUCCUGGCCUGCUGUUACCCCCUGUUGAAGCUGCCUCUUCCAGGGACGGGCCCCGUGGAAUACAUCACCCCUGUGAAGGAUUACUCCCCACCUCCCUCUGAAGUGAACCCCAACGACCGAAGUGAGCGCCCCGAUUGGUAUCUUGGACCUCCCGUGGCCUACGUCCAGCAAGUCCUGGUGAAGGGGGUGGUGUCUCCAUGGGACAAGAACUUCCUGGCUGUGGACGUGUUUCGUUCUCCGUUGUCACGAGUUUUCUCCUUGGUAGAGGAAAUCCGGAACCAUGUGCUCAGGGACAGAGCCGGUCAGAAGAGCCUGGAGGACGUGUGUCUGCAGGUAACCGAUCUGCUGCCAGGACUCCGGAAGCUCCGGGACAAACUUCCCGAACAUGGAUGCCUCCUCCUGUCUCCGGCCAACUUCUGGCAGAACAACCGCGAUCUGUUCAACAACGACCCGGACCUUAUCCGGACCAUCCAGCAACAUGAACCCAAGACCCUGCAGACCUCCGCCACCCUCCGAGAUUUGCUGUUUGGGGUUCCGGGAAAGCAGAGCGGAGUCAGUCUGUACAACCGCAAGCGGAUCGUGUCCUACACCAUCACCCUGGUGCUGCGCAGAUAUGACGCCAAGUUUCUGAACAGUCUGAGGUCCCAUCUGACACAGGUGUAUCCUCACACCAACAGCACCUCCCGGGGGAAGAACAUGGUCCACGUCCAUUUCAAGGAAGAGAUCGGCAUCGCCGAGCUGAUCCCUCUGGUCACCACCUACAUCAUCCUGUUCGCUUAUAUUUAUUUCUCCACUAGGAAGAUUGACCUGGUGAAGUCGAAAUGGGGUCUGGCGCUGGCGGCGGUGGUGACGGUCCUCAGCUCCCUGUUGAUGUCGGUGGGUUUGUGCACCCUCUUUGGACUGACUCCAACCCUCAAUGGCGGGGAGAUUUUCCCUUACCUGGUGGUGGUGAUCGGUCUGGAGAACGUAUUGGUGCUGACAAAGUCAGUCGUGUCCACUCCGGUGGACCUGGAAGUAAAGCUGCGGAUAGCACAAGGGUUAAGCAACGAGAGCUGGUCCAUCAUGAAGAACAUGGCCACCGAGCUGGGAAUCAUCCUGAUUGGUUAUUUCACUCUGGUUCCCGCCAUUCAGGAAUUCUGUCUAUUCGCAGUCGUUGGUCUCGUGUCGGACUUCUUCCUACAGAUGUUCUUUUUCACCACUGUGCUUUCCAUCGACAUCCGCAGAAUGGAGCUCGCUGAUUUGAACAAGAGGAUGCCCGCGGAGGCCUGCAUGCCGCCCGCCAAGCCGGUGACCCGCACCCAGCGAUACGAGCGCCAGCAAGCUUUGAGGCCAAACACCCCUCACACCAUCACCCUGCAGCCCUUCCGAAACCUGCGUCUGCCCAAAAGGCUCCGCCUCAUCUAUUUCUUUGCCCGGACGCGCCUGGCACAGCGGAUCAUCAUGGCCGGAACCGUCGUCUGGAUCGGGAUCUUGUUAUACACCGACCCUACCGGCCUGCGUACAUACCUAACAACGGUGCAGGUGACCGAGCAGAGCCCGCUGGGUGGAGCUGUGGUACCUCCAAUUCCCGUGCCCGUCCUGCCCGCCUCCGACCCCCAGAACACCCUGUCUAUAUUCCCUACUGGCUCUUCCCAGCUCCUGGACAACCAAUCGCAGAGGGACCACCAGGAGAUGUUGGAGUCCCUCCGGGGGGGGUUGGAUGGGAACCCCGGAGGGUGGGGAGGAGAGAGUGGGCCUAAAGACCAGAGCAAAGGCCGACCCGAGAUGAAGGAGGACCAAGCCCACACGGAGGUGACCUGGGGCCCCGAGGAUGAGGAAACUUGGAGAAAACUGUCCUUUAGACACUGGCCAACGCUCUUCAGCUACUAUAACUUCACCCUGGCCAAGAAGUAUAUCAGCAUAUUGCCCAUGAUCCCCAUCACCUUGUACCUGUCUCCGGAGGAGGUGUCGGAGGCUCGGCAUCCCCACGAGGCUCAGCAUUCUCACAUUUUUCUACCCCACCGGGACGGACGGUCGGAGGACGAGAAGCCGGCUGCCCCGCCAUCCAAGUCUCAUGGCCCCGUGGACAUCACCUUGUACCAAGUGGCCGCCUUGGGUCUGGCGUCUGGCAUCCUCCUGGUCCUGCUGCUCUUCUGCCUGUACCGACUGCUGUGCCCCAAAAACUACGGACAGAACGGUUUAUCCCAGCGCCGGCGGAAGAAGGGGGACAUGCCGUGCGACUACUACGAUUACACCCCGCCGGAGACUGAAAUCGUGCCUCUGGUCCUGAGGGGUCAUCUCAUGGACAUCGAAUGUCUCGCCAGCGACGGAAUGCUGCUAGUGAGCUGCUGUUUGGCCGGACAGAUUCGUGUUUGGGACGCUCAGACUGGAGACUGUCUCACGGUUAUUCCCAAACAAGGGCUCCGCAGGGAAAGCAGCGGGAUCUUCGAAUAUCAGGACUCCUGGGACCAGACCUCGGACUGUAAAUACAACCUCGAGGACUCGGUGGAAAACGGUUACCUUCUGAAGCGUCGCAUGACCCCCUCCAAGCCACCAAUCUUCUAUGACCAGCCGGACCUGUCCAACCUCAUUGAUACGAACUUCACGGAGCAGGCGCAGCAGGAGCCGGAGAAUGGUCCGCAGCAGCAGCCGCCUGUGCAGGUGAAGCAGGAGGUGGACAAUGGCGGUUACGAUUUCAGCACUUUGGUUCAGCGAGCCUACGAGGAGCAAAGUGCCUCCAGCAUGGCCACGUAUCCGCCGGUAUUCUCGCCUGCUCUGUACGGGCAGUGCCAGGUGAUGUCAGGGCGGAGCAGGUCCCCUGGAAGCCGAUCGGAGGCAACCUGCAACUCUUUUAGGAGGAAAAGCUCGGCUGAAGAGCUUACGUAUUGUAAUGGGACCUCCUCCCCCAUCUCCAGCUGGACUGAAGAGUUUGACAGCGCGGUGUGGAGUCUGGGGCUCCAGGGUAACUUGAUUGUUGCUGGCCGGAGUAGUGGAGGUCUGGAGGUCUGGGACGCCAUAGAAGGCCUUCUGCGCUGCAGCAACAACGAUGGCCAGAGUGGGAUAACUGCACUGGUUUUCUUAAAUCACCGGAUCGUGGCGGCCCGACUCAACGGAUCUCUGGACUUCUUCUGCCUGGAAUCUCAUAAAUCCACCAGCCAGUUGCAGUUUAGAGGUACGCCGACUCGCUCCUCAGUCCCGAGCUCCCCGUUGUACUGUAAUGAUGAUGUCAUACGGUGUCAGCUGACCCACACGGUGUCCUGCGCCCACCAGAAGCCAAUCACGGUGCUGAAAGCUGCGGCUGGCCGGUUGGUGACCGGAAGUCAGGAUCACACGCUCAGAGUUUACCGUCUGGAUGACGCCUGCUGCUUGUUCACACUGCAGGGUCACUCGGGAGGUAUUACCGCCAUUUACAUCGACGAGACAAUGGUCCUGGCCAGUGGGGGGCAGGAUGGAGCCAUCUGCCUGUGGGACGUCCUGACGGGUAGUCGCGUUAGUCUCAUGCACGGUCAUCGCGGUGACAUCACUUCCCUCAUCUGCACGACGUCGUACGUGAUCAGCAGCGGCCUGGAUGACGUCAUCAGCAUAUGGGACCGCAGCUCCGCCAUCAAACUGUACUCCAUACAGCAGGAUUUGGGCUGCGGUUCCAGCUUAGGCCUCAUCUCUGACAACCUGCUGGUGACGGGCGGGCAGGGCUGCGUGUCCUUCUGGGAUAUCGGCUACGGUGAUCUCCUACAGACGGUGUACCUGGGGAAGUGCGAGGAGGCCCAGCCGGCCCGCCAGAUCCUGGUUCUGGACAAUGCGGCGAUCGUCUGCGACUUCGGCAGCGAGCUGAGCCUGGUCUAUGUCCCAUCUGUGCUGGAAAAGUUGGACUGAGGAGGACAGGCCGGGCCAAGGACUUUUGGGGGAAGCCAGGCUUUAACCCACGAGGGACAGGCGAAGACAAAAACGUUCUCACUAUACUUCCAAUGGAAUUGUGCGAUUAGUUCUUUUUUUCCGGUUUUCCAGGUUACGGCGCCAACCUGUCUCACCUUCGCCGUUUCAUGAUAGAUUUUAUUUUUCUGCUGCGAGGCAGGUUUGUGGUGACCAGGAAAAGGAAGAAAAAAAAAGAAAAGAUUUGUGAUGAAUCCGCGGCCCUCCGCCAUCACACAGGGCGCACCAUGAAUGUCCCAGACUGCGAGCUCUGUACUUUAUUACCGCCUGUGAUCCCGAUCUACAUGGGGGGGGGGGGGCACACGGGUCUGACACAAAGAGGCACUUGAACCGAUCACGCUGCACUUGUUUAAUGAUACAGAGUAUCCUAAAGCACUUCAUUCCACAAUUAUGAGGACGAACGUUCUUUCGUGAUACCGCCGUAAUAUCGGAUCCUCAACCAUCAAAAGAGGCCGGUCUAGGAUGGAUCUUGAAGGCUACUACCUGAUUGCCGUGGUGGACACCACCAUCUUCUAGCUUGAAGGCUACUACCUGAUUGCCAUGGUGGACACCACCAUCUUCUAGCUUGAAGGCUACUACCUGAUUGCCAUGGUGGACACCACCAUCUUCUAGCUUGAAGGCUACUACCUGAUUGCCAUGGUGGACACCACCAUCUUCUAUAACACUACUGUGACAUCACACCCCCUCUGGCUCCGCGUGGUGUCAAAGUAGUGUUAUAGAAGAGGGUGGUGUCCACCAUGGCAAUCAGGUAGUAGCCUUUAAGAUAGAAGAUGGUGUCCACCAUGGCAAUCGGGUAGUAACCUUUAAGAUAGAAUAUGGUGUCCACCAUGGCAAUCGGAUAGUAGCCUUUAAGAUAGAAGAUGGUGUCCACCAUGGCAAUCGGGUAGUAGCCUUUAAGAUAGAUGAUGGUGUCCACCAGGGCAGUAGCCUUCAAGAUGUAAGAUGGUGGUGUCCACCAUGGCAAUCGGGCUAGUAGCCUUUAAGAUAGAAGAUGGUGUCCACCAGGGCAAUCGGGUAGUAGCUUUCAAGAUAGAAUAUGGUGGUGUCCACCAUGGCAAUCGGGUAGUAGCCUUCACGAUGGAAGAUGGUGUCCACCAUGGCAAUCGGGCUAGUAGCCUUUAAGAUAGAAGAUGGUGUCCACCAGGGCAAUCAGGUAGUAGCCUUCAGGAUAGAAGAUGGUGGUGUCCACCAUGGCAAUCAGUUAGUAGCCUUCAAGAUCCAUCCUUGCUGUGGGCAACCGUAAAACUCCAGCGUGCUCCAGACAGCUUUUUUUUUU